GAAAUUGAUCGGAGUAUUGUGGUUGGAGUCAAUCGAAGACAUAAUAUCAAAACAUUCCAAACGUUUGAAUGAGAUAAACAAUAAGCAAUAUAUAAACAGUAUAGUAUUUAUAUGUUUAAUAGAAAUAAUCUGUCAAAAACGAAUUCUAUUUAUAUUGUAGAGAUAUACGUGACGAUCAUAUAUUAAGUAAUAGAAACGAGAUGAGAGCUAUAUUAAUAUUUGACCACUUGAAUGACGUGCUAUUUGUAAAAUGCAACAAAAAAUUUACAAAUCAUAUCUUAAAACUGGCGAGGACGCAGGGAUUACUUGAUGAUAAGGAUAUCACAGAUUUGGAAGAUUCUAUACCAAAUCCUAACAUUAUAAUGCAGUUGUUUUCACCAAUAAUUACUUCACAACAUGUAAUGGCUUCACAAUUUGGAAACUCCUAUACUUCCAUGAAGUUCCAAGAUGAAACUAACAUCGUAUUUGAUGAAUACAUUGGCUAUACUUUCAUGUAUAUUGCCAUGAAAGAAGUAGAAUUCAUGAAACGUACACUAGGAGUAUGUAUAUCCAUUGUACAACAUGUAUGUGGACCAGACGUUGCAACACUGAAAACUAAUUGGCAAAAGAUGCAUCUAGUAUCCUCUUUGUUGGACGCAUGGUCUAAUUUAAGAAACUGUGAACAAAGCAUAUUGACAGAGGCAGUAGAACAGUUGUCCGUAAAUGCAGAAGUAGCAUCUUCAGUUCUCAAGAUAUUGCACGAUGCCUAUGACAAGUUGAAGAGUUCACAGCCUGAAUUUAAUAAUGUACAUGUGCUGUUACUGGUGGGCUCCAAAUUCUUGUCACUUUAUUCUAGCAAAAAUGCUCAUGACCUAUUCGCAUCAGACAUCUUAUUGAUGAUUCUUCUGUGUUGGGUUGUGAAUAAAAAGCGGAAUCGUGAUCAAUCAGAAAGCAAUGAUGAUUGCUGUGAUAGUGAUAUCUUGUUACCAGAGAAUAAUACUUCCAAAAACGAUGAAACAAAACUAAGCUUUGGAAUUAAAUUAACCACUCCUACCUCAGAGGAUAUUACAGAUCUUUUCAGAGGUUCCAGGGAAUCUUCUAUGAAUGAAGGUUUUUCAUUCUUGAUUAAUGAUGAUCUAUACAGCCAGUUGCUUUUUCUUGGUUGUCAGCAUAACUAUACAGCCAAUACAGUUCACAUCUUUGAGUUGUCAGAUUCUAUUAACUUAAUAACAAUCAUCGAAGUCACAAAUCUUUCCAUUUCCUCAGGAUUAUGCGACAGUUUUCAUUAUUUAAAUCUGAUAAAUAAUCUGCAAUUUCAACGAGACUUAGAUGAAUUAAAGCCAUUUUUCGAGAAUCUUGAUAUAGCGAUUAAAAAAGUGUUGGAAGGAAUUAAAAAGAAUCGUUCUAACAUCGGAAACGAUGUCGAUAUGUGUCAAAAGAGAUUGCAGAACAAAUGGGACUUUGUCCGAAAAAAAUACAGUGAUCUUAUGCGCUUCAGAGAAGCCGAAGUAGUCUUACAAAUCGAAGCCAAUACUUCUGGCUUUGUAGAAACUCUAAAGGAAUUAUUGCGCCUGACCUGUUUCGACAGGAAUUUCCUGAAACAAGGAAUUGAUGUUUUAACGACGAUUGGCAGACUCGUGAGACAAAAAUUAAACGAUUUCACUGACUUCCUGAAAGUCAAAGCUCUGAAGAAUUUCACGUUAGGAUCUUCCCUAACAAUCAACAAAUAUCUUGAGGAAUUUCCAGGUCUAGUACAUUUCAUCUAUAUCGAUAGGACUACUCAUAGACUUGUGGCACCUACAUUAGAUUUCACAAGCAUGGAAACGCUCGCUCUUACAACGAAAAAAAUUUGGAAUAUGGUUGAGCAAAGCAGAAUGCAUUUACAAGAGGGUCAUCUAUCAGUUAUGUGGAAGGAUACUACAUUCAAUUAUUCAUACUUUCUCUGGUUUGAAGACAACUCCGGAUGUUCACCACCAAAAUGUAAAGUCUAUCUUAAUUAUAUCAUGAAAAAUUUUCCAAUACCAGGUAUACUUUGCGGAGAUUAUUACAGAAAACUAACUGAGACAUGUUUUCCAAAACUUUCACCGGAUAAAAUACGCAUCUACGAACUAUACUGCGUGCAUUUAGGACUAACUACAUCAAUUUGCGUCCUGGAACAUUCUCGCAGAUUGGCAGCCACUAUCUGGGAAGUUAUCGGAGUACCGAACAAUCUUGCGGAUAUAUUCUAAAACUGCAUUCCUCGAGUAAAAAUUUUUAAUUGAUUCUAUGAAAUUUUAACUUUUUAUUCUCUAAAUCUUCUGAAUUUCAAUAUUUCUUAUUUUUUUAACUUUGAAUGUCCAUAUACUUUCCAUAAAUUUUGAAUUUUCUUUUCGGAAGCUGAAGCUUGUUGCUUAAUAGUAUCUAAUAUCUAAUACGUAUUAAAAGACAUUCGAAUUUCUGUGAUAAGUUCUAGAUUCUUAUAUACUUCCACUAUCUUUGGAUACUUGUUUUUUAUAUUAUUUUUCUUUUUUUCUUUCGUUAAUUUUUAUAAGAUCAUUUUUAUCAAAAUUUUCAAAAAAUACAAUAAAAGUGCUUAAUUCCAAAUAUAUCUCAUUCUAAAUUUAAUAUUUUCAUAUUAAUCGAUAUAAAAUAAUACCAUCAAUAAUGACGACAAACGGGAAACUUUUAUUUAUUUAAAAUUGUUGCUUAUUGUUGUAAUGAAUAGGUCUAGUUCCAUUUGAUCAAUUAGAAUAUUCUUAGUUUUAUUAUUUAUUGUUAUUAGUUGUUUUAUUUAUACAACACAAAAUGAAAUAACAAUCAUUUUGCGCUUUUUAUUUACAAAAAUCUUUAGUAAUCAAUGUAUACUAACUGAAAACUUACAUAUUUUAUAAUGAAGCAUCUUCAACUUUAUACAGAUAUUUAAUGGCACAAUAAACAAUAUAAAGCAAAUGACAAACAUAAAACAUAAAAUAAAAAAAAA